ACCUCACAAGGAACACCCUAACCUGAAGCCAGUCAUUGAGACCCUUACUCCUGACACUACAGGCCAGCAAUAUCCUGUACCACUGGGAACAAUAAGGAACCCUACUGUUUACAUCACAGGACACCGCACAUCAUGCAGAAACCUUUCAAGAACUUCAAGACCAUAUGUGUAUGCUGUGCCUGAUCUCGUCAUCCAAAGCUGUGGGGAUGGGCCUGUCCCACUUAUAGAGCAAAGAUUUCGGAGUUCACACACCAAUCAGUGCAAUCACCUUCGUCCUCUGGAACAGUGA